UGGCACAAAUGAUCACGGUGAGAAGUGUAAACCGUGCGAAAAUAUGUUUUUCUUACUGUAAACGAUAUUUAUUUUUUGUGAAGAAGUGGGAGGAAUCUAUUAAAUUCACUAAACUCGCAAAAUAUGUGAGUUCUAGUGCGGCACAAUGGCUAAUACCAGACCAAAACAGCCUGUUACUUCAAACAAAAACAUUGGUGAACUUACAUUCAAGACAAAACACAACUCAUUUGCAUGUAUCGAGAACUCAAUAUAAUGAUAAUGGGAUCAACAAAGCUGAUAACUCAGGUGUCUUAGAAGAGCUAAAUGGAGUUGGGGAGUUGGGGUUGUACUCUGAAAAUCAUGCACAAGAGUUUGAAGGAUUACCAAGUGUAAAGAAAAAAAGAAGUCAGAAGAAGAAUGAUAAUUUUAUUGAUGAAGCAGCCCGACUUGCAGAAAUUGAUGCAUAUCUCUUUUGUGGAAAUGUAGAUGGAGCAAUAGAGGUCUUCAACCGAUGCAGGCGCAAAGGACACAAGUUUGACAUUUCUACAUUCAAUAAAAUCCUCCAUGGUCUUGCAGCUAAGAAACGAGUUCUGGACUGUCAGGUUUUCUUUCACAAUAUGGCUGGAGAUAAUGUCAAGCCUGACAUACAGACAUAUGCUGCAAUGCUGGAUCUUUAUGGACAGUUUAAAGAUGCGAAAAUGAUAAAAGAAAUAUGUGCUAAAAUGAAUAGCCAGGGUCAUAACAUAAAAAAGAUCUUCAAGAAAUCCAUUUUAACAAGGGAACAAGCGAAACGCAUACUAGAAGCCAUACGGAUGGUCUACCCAAAUUAUGAGGCUGAAAUAUGUAUGGACACACGUUCGACCUACAUUUCACCUUUAGUGCAAUCUCUCCAUGAAGAAAAUAAGAAAAAUAUAGAGUAUAAUGUACCUGAAACACUUGUGAGAGAAGUUAUGGAGAACUUCGAGCAACAGUUGGAACAAGAGAGAGUCGGGUUUGGGACCAUAAAAUCGGUGGAAAAGAAAAAAGACGUGAUGAAAAGCAGCGAGGAUAAUCACAAGGGUUUUGAUGAGAUACAAACAAAAUGGAAACAGCGACUAACCUCUGCUAUUGAACGAGAAAUUGAGCUGGUUAAGGCGGGAAAUACAGAUAACAAACGAAGUAAAACAGGACCAUUUACACGAAUAAUGGUACCGUGUGAGGAGUACGCUGCACUCGCAGUCGAGACGAUAACUGGACCAGUAUGCAGCCAGUCGUACGGAGCACCACUGAACUAUCUCUGUUGGCUUGUUGGAACACAAGUUUAUAAUAGGCACGCCGUUAAACAUAAAGAAAAAUCCGGCGUUGUUGAUAAAAUCAGAGUUAUGUACGAGCAAUUUGCAAGACUUGCUUGCGAUCCCGAGGCAUGUAAAACGAUGAAUCCGAGGGAGAUGUGGUUACAACUGGAAAAAUCGACGCCUUAUGAAGGUUCAAUAUACUGUGAUAUUACACCAUGGCCUACCUCGAUUAGAGUAUUGGUUGGUUGUACGCUGAUUGACAUGCUUAUCAGAGAAUGUGAGACAGACGCAAAUAUGUUCAACCACAAGAAAGAGAAGAUCACUCCUGCUUUCUUCCAUACCUAUGAAUACGAACACACCACGGUAUCAGGUUAUAUCAAGGCACAUCCGAGUGUAAUACAACUGUAUCAAAAACAUGUCAGUAAUUGUGGAGAUAUCUCACAACCUGCCAGUAAACUGCCAAUGUUAAUUCCCUCCAGACCGUGGACCUCAAUCACUGAUGGUGGACACUUGGUGUUCUCCGUUCAGUUAGCACGAGGUCAAGACAAAACAGCAGAAAAUCUCACCGCUUUGGAAGAAGCUUGCCAGGCGUCGAAACUGAACACGAUAUAUGACAGCCUUAAUUGUCUCGGGCUGUGCGGGUGGAGAGUAAAUGGCAAAAUACUUGAUUUAAUGAUUGAUAUAUUUAACGAUAAAGGAAAUGAGCUACUAGAGAUCCCAGGACCUGAUUUACCGAAAAUACCAGAGUUCAAGCCUGAGUUAAAUGAUCACCCAGAGUUAUACACAGCUUUUCUUAAGGAGAAAACCAAUGCAAAGAAAGAGUUACACGAGGCGCAUGCGCUGAGAAUGGCUAUGUUGUACCAUCUCUCUGUGGCAAAUCAUGUCCGAGAGAGGACUUUCUGGAUGCCAUGCAACUUGGAUUUCCGCGGCAGGGCAUACCCAAUACCACCCUAUGGCAGUCAUGUAGGUGACGACUCUACACGGGGUGUUCUCCAGUUCUCCAGAGGAAAACCUCUCGGGCCCAAAGGCCUGGACUGGCUGAAAGUUCAUUUGGUCAAUUUACAUGGAAAGUUGAAAAAAGCUUCAUUGAAAGAACGAAUUGACUAUGCCGAUAAACUAUUAGACGAAAUUCAUGACUCAGCUGAUUAUCCACUCACGGGUAAUCGAUGGUGGCAAACGGCUGAUGAGAAAUGGCAGGUGUUAGCGACAUGUAUGGAGAUAUCAAAGGCGAUCCGUUCUGGUGAUCCGGAGAACUUCAUUUCUCAUCUGCCAGUUCAGCAGGAUGGAUCGUGUAAUGGUCUACAGCAUUAUGCUGCGUUAGGUCGCGAUGAAUAUGGCGGGAAACAAGUGAAUGUGCUUCCUUCAGAAAGACCUGAGGAUGUUUACUCAGAAGUUGCGAGGUUGGUGGAGAAGAUGUGUGAACGCGAUGCGGCAAAUGGGGUGGAAAUUGCGCAGCAGUUAGUUGGUAAAGUCAGUCGUAAGGUGGUAAAACAGACUGUUAUGACUUUGGUCUAUGGCGUGACCUUUGUUGGGGGUCGUAGACAGAUCAGUGGACAACUGGAUGAUCUUGGACUGGCUCCCAGCGUGGUGUGGAAAGGUUCAUCUUACCUUACAAGAAAUGUGUUUGCAAGCAUCAGAGAGAUGUUCCAUGCUGCUAAAGAUAUCCAGGACUGGUUUACGAGCGCUGCAGCUCAAAUCGCAUUAAGUGGUCAUUGCGUUGAUUGGAUUACCCCACUUAAUCUUCCCGUGAUGCAAUCUUACCAUAGAAUGACCAAACGUGAAGUAAGAACUCCACUUCAGCACAUCAAAAUCCGUGUACCUGGCCGAGAAAUGUUACCAAACCUCGAAAAACAAAAGGGUGGAUUUCCACCGAACUUUAUACAUUCACUGGACUCAUGUCAUAUGAUGCUGACUGCGCUACAUUGUCAGAAGCAUGGUCUGACUUUCACGUCUGUCCACGAUAGUUUCUGGACCCACGCAGCUGAUGUGGACACAAUGAAUAAGAUAUGUCGAGAACAAUUUGUCUCCCUACACCGUCAGCCCAUCCUUGAAGAUCUGCGCAACCAUUUCGUUAAGAAAUUUGGAAAGAAAAGGAUGCGUCGACCAUUAAAAAAUUCAACCCGUGACGAGGUUCAUUUCGGCCCACUUCCGGAACGCGGGUCGCUUGAUCUCAACGAAGUACUUCAAUCAACGUACUUCUUCAGCUGAGGUCAUCCUACAAUAAUAACGAUCUUGGUGUAAUGCUUCGUAAUGGAGUUCCUGAAUGAACCAUCUGAUAUACUGAAAAUGACGCGCCUGUGAAAACAUCAACGAAAGUCACCAUGGUACAUGGUCAAAUGUUUAACGUGGUUCAAUCUUAUGGUCAAAGAACCUGGUGACACUAAAAAUAUCUCACAAAGAACUGGAAAACGUAAAUUAGCUUGCGCCGAUGAACUUUGAAUUAGAAUGUAUUAGAAUACAAAUAAGGUGUUCAGUGCAUACAAUAAAUAAACAGUAAGUUGCAUGGAAAUUAAUAAAAUAAUCAUAGCGAUAUUAUAUAGCGCUGUGCGUUCCUAACUACGUUAAACAAAGCCUGACUUCUGCCAUAUACCAACCUCAUUUUCAAACGUUUUCCUCUGCGGAACAAAGAUUUUAAAACUGGUCAAUGUGCUGAAAUUAAAGAAACGACAAUUGAAAAUUUGCUUGGUUAGAAAAGUUUUUUUAAUUGAAUUGUGACCAGUUUCUGUUUCAAAGAGGAAAACAUUGUGAAGAGGUUUGGUGAUACACAAUAUUAGUUGUUUUCUGUAAGAUCACAAACAGUCGAGAGCAGAAUUGAUUACAUUCUACUAUUCAAGGCUAAGCCUUCAUCUUGUGUAAGAGAUUCAAGUGCUAACAGGUGCUAAUACUUUUUUGUC